AUGAAUGAACAGCCAGAAAAAAACAAUUCCACUGAAGAGGGACACACAGGUCAAAGUACUCUUGAGAAAAACUGUCAAAUGGGACAAAAGCAGCUGCAACAGAUAGAGCGGCAGUUAAGAUGCUUGGCAUUUCAAAAUCCUGGACCCCAGGUAGCAGACUUUAAUCCUGAAACACGACAGCAGAAAAAGAAAGCCCGGAUGUCAAAGAUGAAUGAGUAUUUUUCUGUGAAUUACAAAGUUAUGAAGAAGUAUGACAAAAGUGGCAGGCUAAUCUGUAAUGACGCUGACCUGUGCGACUGCCUGGAGAAGAACUGCCUGGGCUGCUUCUACCCCUGCCCCAAGUGCAACUCCAACAAGUGUGGGCCGGAGUGCCGCUGCAGCCGCAAGUGGGUUUACGACGCCAUUGUCACCGAGUCCGGAGAGGUCAUCAGCACCCUGCCAUUCAGUGUUCCUGACUAG